AGGAGUUGCUGGUGAAUCAGUGGCCUGUACGCCUGCCAGCGAGCUCCUGUGGCUCAGAUAUUACGAUUAUCUUUCCAAACAGAACAAGAAGUGAUUGAGCCACGGUUACACCAGAGGAAGGGCUCCCUGGGGCUGUGAUGUGAAGAGAGGAAUCACAGAUCAUAGAGCAAAGCCUGAGGCCGCACUGCUGGGAUGGCAGGGCAUGUAUGAAGUUUAAAGUGCACCCAGGAAGCAAGCCUUGCAUGGCGCACACGUCUAGUCACAGACUGUGACUCCAGCUGUUCAUGUCCUGUCCAGAACCAGGAGGGGCCAGGGGAAGAUGAGAGUUCCUACGCUCUGGCUCUUCUCCUUCUUCAUGAUCACCGAGGGCUGGAAUGGCUUUCUGGGGAGUGAUGAUGGCAUCAAAACAAAGCAAGAACUCAUUUUGAAUAAGGAAAAGCCUCUAGGUCCAUUCCAGGAAUACGAGCUGCUGCUUCAGGUGGCCUAUCGAGAUUCCAAGGAGAAAAGAGACGUGAAGAACUUUCUGAAGCUUUUGGAGGCUUACCCUCUUUUUUUACCUGGGCCGGUGAAGAUUAUCAGAGCAAAGGCCACCACGUACUGUGGCAUCCAGAACGGGGUCCUGCGCUGUGCCUGUGACGACGGCUACUCCUGGUUUCCCCCCUCGUGCCUUGAUCCCCAGAAAUGCUACCUUCACACGGAGGGAUCUCUCCAGAGCUGUGAUUGUCAUCUCAACAACCUCACCCAGAGCGUCCAUUUCUGUGAGAGAACAAAGGUUUGGGGUACUUUCAAAAUUAAUGAAAGAUUUACAAAAGACCUUUUGGAUUCAUCUUCUGCUCUAUACUCCAAAUACACCACUGGAAUUGAAAUUCAACUGAAAGAAGCGUACAAAAGUAUCCAAGGUUUUGAGUCAGUUCAAGUCACCCAGUUUCGAAAUGGAAGCAUCAUUGCUGGGUAUGAAGUUGUUGGUUCCAGCAACACAUCUGAACUGCUGUCAGGCAUUGAGCAGGCGGCGAAGAAGGCUAAGACAGGCCUGCAUCAGCUGUUUCCACUAGAAGACAACUCUUUCAGAGUGUUCGGAAAAGCCCAGUGUAACAGCAUAGUCUUUGGAUUUGGGUCUAAGAAUGAUAAGUAUACUCUUCCCUGUAGCAGCGGCUACUCCGGAAGCAUCACGGCCAGGUGCCAUCCCUCUGGGUGGCAUGUCCUCAGGGAGACAUGUGUGCUCUCUGAGCUGGAAGAACUAAAGAAGAAUUUCAGUGUGAUUGCCAGCAACGCCACUGAGGCAACCGUGUCAUCCUUGGUGCAGAAUCUGUCAAUGGUCAUUCAGGAAAACCCAUCAACCACAGCCGGGAAUCUGGCUUCUGUGGUGUCAAUUCUGGGCAAUAUCUCGUCCCUGUCCCUAGAAAGACACUUCAAUGUGUCCAUUUCGACAAUGGAGAAUGUCAUCAAUAUAUCUGACCACGUCCUUAAUUCUGCCUCGGUAACCAACUGGACGGUGUUACUUCAGAAAGAAAAGAAUGCCGGAUCCCAGUUACUAGCGUCACUGGAAAACAUCAGCGUUCUGGUCCCUUCGACAGCUCUGCCUCUGGAAUUUUCUCGAGAAUUCAUUAACUGGAAAGGGAUUCCAGCAUCCUCGAAUCAAAGCAAUUUGGGUUACAACUAUCAGACUGAAAUGUUCCCAGAAAAUACCUCCAUUCCCAUCAGAGGCCAUGCAUUAAUUAGGUCAGACCAAUUCCAGAAGCCCCUUCCAGAAACUAUCAUCAGCAUGACCUCUUUGACCCUGGGGAACGUUCUACCUGUUACCAAAAAUGGAAAUGCUCAGGUCAAUGGGCCCGUGAUAUCCAUGGUUAUCCCAAACUAUUCCAUCAAUGAAAUUUUCCUGACUUUUUCCAAGAUAGAAUCAAAUCUGAGCCAGCCUCAUUGUGUGUUUUGGGAUUUCAACCAUUCGCAGUGGAACGAUAAUGGCUGCCACCUAGUGAAUGAAACUCCAGACUCGGUGACGUGCCGCUGUACUCACCUGACCUCCUUCUCCAUGCUGAUGUCACCCUCUGUCCCCACUGCCAUCGUUCCCGUUGUGAAAUGGAUCACCUUUGUGGGACUGGGGGUCUCCAUCGGAAGUCUCAUCUUAUGCCUGACCAUCGAAGCUCUGUUUUGGAAGCAGGUCAACAAAAGCCAAACCUCACACACGCGUCACAUUUGUAUGGUGAACAUAGCCCUGUGCCUCCUGAUCGCAGACAUCUGGUUUAUUGUCGCUGCCACCGUGGACACCACGGCCAACCCUUCUGGAGUCUGCACAGCUGCAGUGUUCUUUACACACUUUUUCUACCUCUCCUUGUUCUUUUGGAUGCUUAUGCUAGGCUUCCUGCUGGCUUAUCGGGUUAUCCUCGUGUUCCACCACAUGGCCACGCCUUUGUUGGUGGCUGUCGGGUUCUGCCUGGGCUACGGGUGUCCUCUCAUUAUAUCCAUCAUCACCAUUGCGGUCACACAACCCAGCAACGGCUAUGAAAGGAAAGAUGUGUGUUGGCUUAACUGGUCCGAUGGGAGCAAACCUCUCUUGGCCUUUGCGGGUCCUGCCCUGACUAUUGUGGCUGUGAAUUUGGUGGUGGUCCUGCUAGUUCUCACGAAGCUCUGGAGGCCCGCUGUUGGAGAAAGGCUGACUCAGGACAGCAAGGCCACUGUCGUCCGCAUGGGCAGGAGCCUCCUCGUUCUGACCCCCCUGCUAGGGCUCACCUGGGGAUUUGGCAUAGGAACAAUGGUUGACAGCCGGAAUCUGGCCUGGCAUGUUAUUUUCGCAUCACUCAAUGCAUCCCAGGGCUUUUUCAUCUUAUGUUUUGGAAUGCUCUUGGAUAGUAAGCUGCGACAGCUGCUACUCAACAAGUUGUCUCCUUUAAGCUUUUGGAACCAAGCAUCAAAGCAAAACUCUUCAGAUUCAUCUGUCAAACCCAGAUUCGAAAAGACUUUCAACCCAUUCCAACACGAACGCAAAUAUGUACUUUCUUAUACUGGAGAGUCCUCAAACGACAUCAUGCUAACUCAGUUUUCAUCAUCUGAAUAAGGCCGGGAACCCUAAAAUCAAGAAAAAUUUUUUGGAGCAAAUUGACAUUAGAGCUAAAUGUCAGUGAAGAAAUGAUGUUCAAUAUUCAAUGGAUUUUUCUGAUUUCGGAGCCUGAGAAUAUAAUAAGGAACUCACAGCAGUUUCAUGACAGCCAUCUUUAUCUUCAAUUAAAUGGAGAGAUUUACUUCCAUGGGGUUUGAUUCAAAGGAAUUGCUUCAUAAAUGCAGAAGAUUAGGUUUUUGUCGGAAAUUAUGUCAGUUGUACUAGCCUCUCACUGCCACAAACUAUGGUUUCCUUUUUUCAUAAAAUAGCAUUAUUCAUGUGACAUUUCUAAUCAUCUGAAUUGGAGUAAGGAAAUGUCAUGAAAUCACUUUAGAUACAUUGAUGGACCAUGUUCACUUUCUUAUAAAAAAGUCACUGGUGAAACUUCCUAGAGAAAAGGCGUUUUCCUCCAAAAACUUCCAGUUGGAUUUUAUGCUUGUUUUUUAGGUACAGUCACUGAACUUUGAAAGUUAAUCAGAAACAAAAUGGAAGUGUCCAUUUCAGAUAGCUUCAUAGCCGUUACUUAGGAAGUAUAAUGCAGUAUUUUAUAUAUAUAUAAUGCAGUAUUUUUUCAGUUUACAAGGCACUUUCAUCUGGUCCCCCAUCCAAUGACGUGAGGUGUCCAGGCAGACCUAGUGCAGAGAUGAUGAAAUAGAGGCUUGGACAGGUGAAGUGACUUCCCAAAGUGAAGCCAGUAAAGGGCGCUUUUAGGACUUUUGGUUCCUAGUCCAUUUCUACAGCCUCAUAAAGUCUCCUAAAAAUCUGCUGUGGCAUUUUCAAAGCAAGUGUUGAUUUCUUUCAUUAACAAUUGCAAUGAUGAUGAUGAUGAUGGUGGUGGUAAGAAGUCAUAAAAGAAGAAACAACAUGUAGAGAGUGCUCACUGUGUCAGGCAUUAUUCUAAGUGCUUUGCAUCUAUUAACUCAUGUAAUCUUCACAAUGAGCUUGUGAAGGGGGAAUAAUAUUAUCCCUGUUUUACAGCUGCUGAAACUAAGGCACAGAGAGGUGAGAUGUGAGCAGGGCAAUGUGGAUGGCAAAUGGCUAUGCCAGGGUCGUAGUUAUGGAAGUUGAACUACAAUAAGAAGAGGGUUAUAUAAGUCAGCCUAGCAGGAUUGGAACUGCUAAUUUAAUUGUAAUUAGAAUCCUAGACUCCUUGGUCUGCAAGGGAGCUCAGGCAUCAUCUAGCUACUAUUUUACGAGUAGCCUUGAUGUCCUAAGUCUCAGCAGCCUGUGAUUACAAAAGUAAGUCAAGUCCACAUUUACUGCUAUCUGUAGGACUAUAUUAGUCAGCUCAGACUGCCAUAACGGAACACCACAGACCAGUGGUUUAGACAACAGAAAUUUAUUUUCUUAUGGUUCAGGAGUCCAGGAAGUCCAAGUUGAAGCUGCCAUCGGGCUUGUUUUCCAGUGAGACUGCUCUUCUGUCUUGUCUGUGUCCUCACAUGGCCUCUUCUCCAUGCACAUGCAAAUAGAGCUCUCUGGUGUCUCCUCCUCUUCUUAUAAGGACACCGAUCCUAUCAGAUUAGGGCC